CGAAUUCAUUUCGGUUCGUGCCAUGCCAGGCGGCAGAUCGUGCGGCUCUUCAGUUCUCGGUCCCGGGCGAUUAUUAACCAGAUAUAUAUACAUACGUUUACGCAUAUAUGUAUAUAAUUACGCGCGGCCUAAGACGAACGGGCGGAAAAGCUAAUUGAAUGGGACUGAAAUGAUACACUACACAACCUAAAGGAGUGAAAUCGAAUCUGCUUGAAGCCGACCCAAGCCCGAAAGAUCAAAAGUGCUAGAAAAUAAAGUGAUAAAAAAAAACAAUAAAACAAGCCCACGCAAACAACCAUGUCGAGUUGGAGUUUGGCUAGUGCCGUGUCGCCAAACUUGACAAGUAACAGUGAUGUAAUCCGGCUGAGCACCCUCAAGUCCAGCUCGGAAACCAAUCUUCCAUCCAGGGGAUCCGCCUCGGGAUUGCCCCGCCCAACGACGCCAGUUCCGGGAAGAAAACUCUCCUCCAAGCGACCCCCCCACUUAACCUUGAACAUCGGAGCCAGCAGAGCCCAAUACAACACAGCGCCCUUGGCGGAAACCGAAAACACGGUCCUCUCGGCCAGCUCCUCCAUUUACGAAACUCCCCUGGGCGCUACACCAGCCUCUGUUACGGCUACCACCUCACCUGCUAGAGCCAGCCAAAACAGCCAGGCUAGUCAAGGUAGCCAUAAAAGCCAGCAAAGUUCCCACAGCACCACCAGUGGUGGGUCGAUCUUCCCGCACGAACAGUACAAAACCAUCAAGAAAAUCAACAUAGGAUUCGAAAACAUACGCUACACCACCAAGUUUGGAGUUUUUAAGAGAGAAACAAAAGAAGUGCUCAAGGGCCUUACUGGCUAUUUCAAGUCGGGAGAGUUAAGCGCUAUCGUUGGACCCUCGGGUGCUGGAAAAAGCACCCUGCUAAAUAUUCUUUCAGGAUAUACGACCUAUGGCUACACCGGCGACUUUCACGUCAACGGAAACCGCCGGGAUUUAAAGGCCUUCAAGCCCAAUGUUGCCUUCAUCCGUCAGGAUACGAGCCUGCAGGCCUUACUAACCGUUAAGGAGGCUAUGCAUUUUGCCGCGAAUUUAAAGAUAGGCACUUACAUGACUUUGCCCGAGAAGCGAGAACGGGUGACAAGCAUCCUGGAGGCCAUCGGGAUGUACGAGAACCGGCACACUAUGACUGGGCAGCUCAGCGGGGGACAGAAGAAGCGCUUGGCUAUUGCCCUGGAACUGGUUAACAAUCCUCCUGUGCUUAUCUUGGAUGAACCCACAACGGGCUUGGACAGUUCAACUUCCAACCAGUUGAUAAAUCUUCUCAAGAAGCUCGCCGAAGAGGGCCGCACAGUUAUUUGCACAAUUCACCAGCCGAGUGCCUUGACCUUUGCCAUGUUCGACCACAUGUACGCCAUAGGAGAAGGUCGAUGCAUUUACGCGGGUGGCUCUCAAAAUCUGCUGCCCUUCCUGGCCGCCCUUAAUAUGCACUGCCCUGAGUCUUACAAUCCAGCGGAUUACUUAAUGGAGAUAGCCACCCAUGAUUAUGAUACACCCGAAGAGAACCAGUUGGAGAAACUAGUGGCUUUAAUGGACAACGGUCGCAAUGAGGAUUACAGACAGAACAAGACUGCCCGAGUAGCACAAUUGGCAGCUAUGAAAAAAAUAGAUCAACUCAUGGCUGCUGGCCUAAUUACACCCGUAACUGCACCCGUAAUGACCACCUCGAUACCUGCACAUUUUCUACAAUCCGGGGGAUUCAAGCCCUUGACGCCCAUCAAUGAGCUAUCCUCUCGGUUGUGGGACAGUCAGGCGGGGGGUAUCGGAAGCGGCGAUGUGGGUGGACAAUCCUGCUGCAAGCCAAAAAAGAAGCCCAGGCCAGCUCUGGACUUGGAUCCAUCUAAUCUGUGUAAGCGGGAGAACAUAUACGCUACGCCCUUUUAUCGCCAGUUGGGUAUCCUGCUGUUAAGGACCUUUCUGCUGAUUUGGCGGGACAGUUCGCUGACCACAAUGCGGUUCGCCAUUCACCUCAUUACCGGCCUAUUGAUUGGAACUCUCUACUUUGGAAUAGGAAAUGAUGGCGCCCAGACACUGAACAUUUUUCGGUACAUCUUCUACACGAUCAUGUUCAUAAUGUACUGUGCCUUUUCGGGGAUCCUCGUAAAGUUUCCAUUGGAAUUUCCGAUCGUUUCGCGGGAACACUUCAAUCGCUGGUACUCUCUGAGGGCUUACUACGUGGCCAUCACUUUGGCGGACUUGCCGAUCCAGAUUAUUUGCAGCGCCCUGUUCAUAGUGCCCACAUAUCUGAUGACCCAGCAGCCCCUAGAACUUUGGCGCUUCAGCUUGUUCUUCCUCAUCGUGUUCAUAACGGCAUUGGUUUCACAGAGCAUCGGUUUGGCAGUGGGAGCCGCUCUUAGUUUGAAACUGGGCUCCAUUCUGGGCCCCUUCUUCAUCUGUCCCUUCCUGCAGUUUAGUGGAUUCUUUCUCAUGGAAAAGGAUGCUCCGGUUUACAUGCGCUGGAUGUUCGACAUUUCGUUUCUUAAAUACAGUCUGGAGGGAUCCAUGAUGGCGAUUUUCGGCUAUGACCGCGAACGUUUGGACUGCGAUGAUAUGUACUGCCAUCUCACGAGGCCGAAGUUCAUUCUCAAAUAUCUGGACAUGGAAAAUGGAAGUUACGUAAUGGCAUUUGUGUUUCUGUUCUGCAUUUUCAUCUUGCUACGCAUUCUUGCCUUCUACAUAAUGUCCUUCCGUCUCAGACUGUUCAGAUGAAACGCGAACCAGGAUUCUGCCAGGCAACAUUCCGCUGACUGUUUGAAGAUUGUUUUAUAUCGAUGGUUUCUUAUUUAAGCAUUUAUCGGAGGGGAAAUUUUGUGCCAAAGAUUAUAGGAGCCUUUAGAGCGUAAGAAAAUCGUGAUAUAUAACUGAAACAAAGGAUAAUAGAAUCCCCCACCAGACACCCAAACACACACACACAUACAUGCAAAUAUACACACUUAGCGGUUAUAGAGAUCGAUAACUGUAAAUAGGACAUUUUUUACUAGAGUAGCACAUAAACAAAUGUAUUUUUGUAUUGUAUUAAUAAAUGAUUUAUUGAGUAGUUGUAUCACAGGUCUGAUUUCAGGCCUUGGAUGCGAGAUGACCUUGAAAAGAUUAUUAAACUAUUUUUCCAUGAAACUGAAAA